CAAACUUGUUGUUGUACAUGUACAAACAUGGCGAUGUACAUGUACAAACAUGGCGAUGUUGGGAUGUCAGUCGCCUCAUCUCGGGCCCCAGUGACGGCCAUCUCGGAUCCCCAGUGACGGCCAUCUCGAAUAGGCCAGCCCGUCCUCGGUUCUGCCCCUUCUCUCCUCCCAACCCAUCCGUCACAUGUCCGUCUAGCACUACGAGCCAGCAUCAUCCGAGUCGCGCAGGCACACCGCCUCCUAGUACAACGUAGCCCCGUGAAUAGAUAGAUGCGCUGCGGGGUCCCUGGAGCCGGGCACGAGGCGCAUCAAGACUGCGUUGGCCCUCCUUUCCCCUCGAUCCAAUCUUCCGCUUUUAGAGCGGCAGUCUAGAGUUAUCCCUCUUCGUGCUCUCUAUAUACCGAACACUGGCAGCGUCACCGCCUACAUCCCUGCCGCCACCCAACCAACAACCUCCCCUGCCGCCACCCAACCAACAACCUCCCCUGCCGCCACCCAACCAACAA